UCUUUGUUGAUAUUUAGUUUUAUUGAUUUAAAUGUUUGUUGUAGAUGUCAUCGGGAAAGCGCAAUGUCGAUGAAGAUGACAAGUCAGUUGCUAAGCGCACAAAGGCCUCCGACAAAGGGAAAAAAGUAGUUACCAAUGAGGAACAAAGUAUAAACAACUCACUUGAACGUGCACUGCAACGUCUACUAGAAAAAAAAGCAUCAAUAAUUGCAGGGAAGAUCACUGCAAAAGAAAAGAUUAAGGAGCCAAUAGUAGAGAGUGACAAUGACGAAGAUCGUUGUAGGGUCCAAUGUAGAUGCAGUCCAGAACGAUUAAGAGAAAUUGUGAUCGGUUUGAACGAAGCACAAAAGAAAGUUAUUUCAGAUAUAGGCUUCGGGUCCCUCCUUAAUCCUGAAAUUCCGUCAGUGCGUAGUUCUCUCAUAUGGUACUUGUACAACCAUAUGGAUCUUGAAAAAUUUGAACUAGUCCAACAUGGGGUAAUUUAUCCUUUCACUAUUCAAUCGUUUAAGGAAAUUAUGAAAAUCGAAGAUGGUGGUGAGGACAUCAACUUUGAAGAUUAUGUUGACAUUGACAACAAAGUUCGAAAUGAAGUGUGCAACCUCGAAAAAUCCAUUAAGUGCACUGACUUGGUGGAGCUUAUAACCAACUCUGAAGAAGCUGAUGUUUUGUUCGUUGCACGUUUUAUGUUGGUAGCAUUGGGAUCCUUCUUGGUUCCCACAUCUGGAACGUACGUAAGAAAGGAGUACAUAAAUGCACUCUUAGAUGUUGGGGCGAAUAAAGAAGUUGAACUGGGCUUCGUUCAUCUUUAA